CAUAUGUUCUCCGUAGAGACGCUUCGCCAUCUUGAAUUUAGUAAAAGUUGCAGACAGCCAUAGACACAGUCUCCUUAACAAACACAAAACAACCAAGAUAUGAGCGGCUCUAACUCUCGAAACAAGACUGCAGCCACAGUCAAAGGACCGGACACUGAUAUCGGCCCAACUGCAAAUUCAAGGGAGCGAAAGUCCGGUGGAGGUGUACUGAAGAGACUCAAAUCGCGACGAAAUCAAACCGAUAAACAGCGGCCUGUUAUUACAGAAGAAGAGCUAAGGGCGCUAGGAAGACACAUCACACCGGACGAAGUCCUUGGUCUGCGUGCUGUUACACGGGAUUAUCUAUGUAAACCUGAGGACAAUGUCUACAAUAUUGACUUCACACGUUUCAAGAUUAGAGAUCUGGAGACUGGGACAGUGCUCUUUGAGAUUGCUAAACCGCACAACUGUGACCCUGAAGAUGAGGAAGAAGAGAAUGGAGACACCAGUGCUGGACGCUUUGUGCGGUAUCAGUUUACGCCGGCCUUCCUCAGACUGCGGACUGUUGGUGCAACUGUCGAGUUCACCGUGGGGGACCGGCCUGUUAACAGCUUUCGCAUGAUAGAGAGGCAUUAUUUCCAGGAUAAAGUUCUCAAGAACUUUGACUUUGACUUCGGAUUCUGCAUCCCAAACAGCUGCAACACUUGCGAACAUAUCUAUGAGUUUCCCCAGCUCCCUGAGGACCUCAUUUGCCUAAUGGUGGAGCACCCGUAUGAGACCAGGUCAGACAGCUUCUACUUUGUGGACAACAAACUGAUCAUGCACAAUAAGGCAGACUACGCCUACGAUGGGGGCGAGUAGGGCCUGAAUAUUAGCGUCUUGUGUGCAAUGCAACGCAGCGGUCACAUUGCCCCAGAACACAACCACAUUAUAGCCCUUUUGGGAACAGGUGUAUACUUCCUCCACUUCAGACAUUCCAACAAACUUUACCAGCCCCAGGUUUGGGGAAACAGGACCAUAUCUGCCUUCAAAACAAGUUGAUUGUUUAUUUGUUACCUCGUACCCCUCUGUUGCUGGGACUCAUAGGAGACUUGUCAAUCACUCUUUUGUAAUGUUGAACAUGUUUUUCUUUUUAUCUUUUUGAAUGUUUUCACGUUUAAAUGGUUACUUUUAACUUCUCUGGGAUAUGUUGGACGCUAACAUCCCACUUGGCCAAAAGCCAGUAAAAAUGCAGAGCUCCAAAUUCAAAUAAAUUACUAUAAAAAUCAAACUUUCAUGAAAUCACACAUGAAAGACACCAAAUUAAAGCUACACUUGUUGUGAAUCCAGCCAACAUGUCUGAUUUCAAAAAGGAUUUAUGGCGAAAGCACACCAAACGAUUAUGUUAGGUCAGUACAUAGCCACAGAAAAACACAGCCAUUUCCCCAGCCAAAGAUAGUCACAAAAAGCAGAAAUAGAGAUAAAAUUAUUCACUAACCUUUGAUGAUCUUCAUCAGAUGACACUCAUAGGACAUCAUGUUACACAAUACAUGUAUGUUUUGUUUGAUAAUGUGCAUAUUUAUAUCCAAGUAUCUCAGUUUACAUUGGCGCCAUGUUCAGAAAUGCCUCCAAAAUAUCGGGAAAAAUUGCAGAGAGCCACAUCAAAUAACAGAAAUACUCAUCACAAACUUUGAUGAAAGAUACAUGUUUUACAUAGAAUUAAAGAUACACUUGUUCUUAAUGCAACCACUGUGUCAGAUUUCAAAAAAACUUUACGGAAAAAGCAAACCGUGCAAUAAUCUGAGACGGCGCUCAGAUAGAAACAACAUUUCUCCGCCAUGUUGGAGUCAACAGAAAUACGAAAUUACAUAAUACAUAUUCCCUUACCUUUGAUGAUCUUCAUCAGAAUGCACUCCCAGGAAUCCUAGUUCUACAAUAAAUUGUUGUUUUGUUCGAUAAUGUCCAUAAUUUAUGUCCACGUAGCUACUUUUGUUAGCGCGUAUAGUACACAUAUCCAAACGUUCGCCUGGAUCUGCGCGAGCGUCGGAUGAAAAUUUCAAAAAGUUAUAUUACAGGUCGAAUAAACUUGUCAAACUAAGUAGAGAAUCAAUCUUUAGGACGUUAUCAUAAAUAUUCAAUAACUUUCCAACCGGAGAAUUCCUUUGUGUCUAUAGAAGUAAUGGAACCCAAGUUGAUAUCAUGUGGAUUGCGCGUGACCAGGAACUGGCUCUCUGCCAGACCACUGACUCAAACAACUCCCAUCCGGCCCUAAAUCACAGUAGAAGCUUCAUUCAACGUUCUACAGACUGUUGCCAUCUAGUGGAAGGCGUAGGAAGUGCAAACAGAUCCAUAUCCCACUGGGAUUUCAAUAGGCGAUGAGUUGAAAAUCGUCCAGCCUCAGAAUUCACACUUCCUGUUUGGAUAUUUUCUCAGGUUUUUGCCUGCCAUAUGAGUUCUGUUAUACUCACAGACAUCAUUCAAACAGUUUUAGAAACUUCAGAGUGCAAUAAUAUGCAUAUAUUAGCAUUUGGGACAGAGUAGGAGGCAGUUCACUCUGGGCAUGCUAUUCAUCCAAAGUGAAAAUGCUGCCCCCUAUCCUAGAGAAGUUAAUAAGUAUUAUUUUAAUCUGUCUUGAGUUAGUUCAGUAUUUGUUGCAAUAUCCUUGUUUUUGUUGGAAUACAUUUAGGCAUAUCUUGUGGGUUUGUGUAACUCUUAUCAGCCUAAUGAUCUAAUACACUCGUUCAAAUUGAAUAAUAUUAGUUUCAAUUUCUCAAGUUGUCAAUUUUUUCAGGGUUGCCAUCUCCCUGGUGAAAGGCCACUCUGUUACCAAACGGCUCUACAGAGGGAAUCUGGAACUUUACAUGAUCCCAAAGUGAAUGUUGAAUACUAGAUAUUUUUAGCCCGUAAGAUGAACACUGGUUGAAGUUGAGCAUGUUUUGUGUUAUUUUGUCUAUACAACAAUAGUUGACAGAUGGCAAGCCAAUUACAACUGUUUGAUACCACCUAAUUUGAUUGAACAAGUAAAUACAUUUUCGCUACUCAUUGUGCUCUAGUAACAAUCAUUUUCCUUUGCUGUGUCUUCCCCCCUCAGAUAGUGGGCUAAAUAUUCAGCUGUGAGACUAACAAAUGCUCCAUGACUUAGAACUCUUGCCUUGAUGGAAGCUGUAUUAUUCAUAUUGGGUGUCCCAUGUCACCUCUAGCUGUAUAUACAACCAAUAAUCCUUGUUGACUAUGAGACAUUUUUGUAUUAACUGCCAUUGGUAGUAAGUCAGACAGCACCCCUGGCCUUUUUAAGUUGUUAGCGUUUGUGACAGUGCUGUAAAUUUACUUGUAGUGUGUUUGUGCCUGCUGGAGUGAUACUGAGCCUCCCAACACUAAAUUAAACCUCCCCGUGGGCCUUUG